CUUUCACUCAACUCCCUCCUUUUUUCUCUCGGAGUCGGUCGGACAGCAGCUCCAACUCCUCUCAUACCUGCGCAGAGCAUCCAGAGCCGCUUUCCUCCCAACAGGACAGUCGCACUGCAGCAAGCUGAGCGGAGCUGACGGAAAAUACUUUUUACAGCCGACAAGUCAGUCCAUCCUGCAUCAGCUGAAAUGCUGCUGAGAAGAAGCCGACAUGUCCAAAUACUUCCACUUCUCAUGGCAGUCUGCCGCCUCACUCUGGCCUUUCCCACGCAAACUCCGUCUGCACUCGAUGAUGUCCGACAGCUCCAGGUGAACAUCCCUUACUCAGGUCCGGUUUCGGCCCCGCUGGGCAGCUCCAUCUCCAUCCCCUGCUUGGUGUCUCUGUCCUCCUCCUCCUCUGUUGUACCACGGGUCAAGUGGACGGUGGUGUCCGGUGGAGUGGAGACACAGAUCUUGGUGGCACGGGGUCAAAGAAUAAAGGUCAAUGAGGCGUACCGAGACCGUGCCGCCUGGCUCAACUAUACCUCCUCCCCUGAAGAUCUGUCACUGUGGUUGGGAGAUUUACGUUCAAGUGACUCUGGUCACUAUCGCUGCGAGGUGCAGCAGGGCCUGGAGGACGCCAGCGACCUUGUGCAACUCAAGGUCAAAGGUGUUGUAUUCCAUUAUAGAGAUGCUCUGGGGCGCUAUGCGUUUUCCUUCCAUCAGGCCCAGAGGGCUUGUGAGGCCAUCGGGGCUCAAAUCGCGACUCCUGACCAACUGCUGGCAGCUUAUUAUGAUGGCUAUGAGCAGUGUGAUGCAGGCUGGCUGGCAGACCAGUCUGUCAGGUACCCAAUCCAGGUGCCCCGUGAAGGUUGUUAUGGAGACAUGGAUGGCCAACCAGGCGUGAGAAACUAUGGGACAAUGGAUGCAGAUGAUCUAUUUGAUGUUUACUGUUACGUGGAGGAAAUUUAUGGGGAGGUAUUUCAUGACUCCAUCCCACAGCAGUUGUCAUUUGACGAAGCGCAGUCUUACUGCAGAGCAGCAGGGGCAGAGCUGGCUACAACAGCACAGCUUUACUUGGCAUGGAGUGAAGGUCUGGACCGUUGCAGCCCUGGCUGGCUGUCUGAUGGCAGUGUGCGCUAUCCCAUUGUAGCCCCUAGAGAGCGCUGCGGAGGGCCUCAGCCAGGUGUCAAAACACUCUAUCGCUUCAGCAACCAAACUGGCUUCCCAGAGCCAUCCAGCCUUCAUGACGUGUAUUGUUUCAAAGAUAAUAGAAAUACUCCCACUGACUCUCCCAUGGACUACAUGGCCACAGAGCCUGAAAACAUUGGACAAGAUGUUGUUAUUCUUAUGGAAACAGAUCAAGAGCUGCAACUGAACCAACAUGCAGAACAGGUGGAGCUCAAAGCUCAAAGGUUGCUCGAAUCGUUUCCCCUUGUCUCAAGCUCUUCUACUGAGGAAAACCUGGCUGGCAUGCACUCAACAGUGGUAUCAGGCACAACAGAGUCUCCUUUCAACACCACAGCUACAUUGAAUCUCCUCCAAGCAUUGAAUGAAACUUCAUCUCCUCCAGAAAUCAGCUCCCAGCAACCUACAGCACCGAUGAACAGCACUAUCAGCACCACAGAAACCUAUGAUUCCACACAAAGCACACCAUUACUGCCCAGUGUUUACAAUGAGACAGAUUCCCACCACAACCUAAACUUCACCUUUCACCAGUCUGAGCCUCAAAGCACCACAGAGUUUCCCAAAACAUCAUGUGCAACUCACACACACAACCAGACAGUUCCAGACACACAUCCUAAAGAGAGCACAUCUGAGACACCAAAGGAUUCCCAAGAAAUACAAGAGACAAACUUGAAUUUUGACAGAUCUUUGGCCAAUUACAGUGAGACAGACAGUAAUCAUACUGAAGAGGAGAGGUUCUGGGAGGUGACCUCUAUGACCCUUGACCCCGUGGUUCAGGUGAAGCUGGAGGAGGACGCAGCAGAAGGUCCUGUGCAGGUGUUUCUCUCAACUCAGGCCUCAACAGAAGAAGUUCUUACACAGCCAGCUCAAACUACAAAAUCUUCCAUUAUGGAACUGACCUCAGUGUGGGCCCCUCUGGAUGGGUCUGGAGAUAUUUCUCCAGAGAGUGACCUGGAUGUUGAAGCAGUGAGCUUCAUCUCCACAUCAAAGUCCUCCACUUCUGGUUUCACCACUCACCCAUCACCGUCUGCUUCGACUAGCUGUGCUCCUGCUGAGCCUCAGACUGCACUCCCUGAUCCAACCAUCUCAUCUGGGUCACGUCAUUCUGACAAACUGGACUUGGAUAUCCUCUCCACAGCAUCACAGGUGUGGGAGUCCUCCAUUUCUAGACAGGAAGGAAGUACAAGCUUAGAAACUGAAGAAACUGUCACUCUGGAAAGUGAAGAAAAACAGCUGCACCCGACAAAGUUUGAUGACAACCUUGUCUCUGGAAUAAGUCUAGCUACCACUGAGUCUCCAGAAGAGUCAAACACCUCUCAGUUGCCUACUGAUUCCUCCACAGCACGGUAUCAAACAUCUGAUUACAGAGUGUAUUUGGAUACUAUGACCACUGACUAUGAAGAGGCAAGUGGACAUGAACUUGCUACAGUUAUGGCAAACCUUGGAGAAGAUGUUAAAGUUGCUCCAACUAUUGAAGAGGAAGUUACAGUUACCCCAACCCUUGAAGAAGGAAUUGAAGUUUCCCCAACUCUUGAAGAGAGAACACAAGUUUCUUUCUCAUUGGAACAAGCUAACACUACCCCAACCCUUGACCAAGAUGCUAGCAUUGCCCCAACCCUUGACAAAGAAGCUAGCAUUGCCCCAACCCUUGAAGAAGAAGCUAGCGCUGCCCCAACCCUUGAAGAAGAAGAAGCUAGCGCUGCCCCAACCCUUGAAGAAGAAGCUAGCAUUGCCCCAACCCUUGAGGAAGAAGCAAGCAUUGCCCCAACUCUUGCCCUUGAAGAAGAAACUAAUAUUGCCCCAGUUCUUGAAAAAGAAGUUAAUGGCGUCCCAACUCUUUACGAAGAAGCUAGCCUUUCCCCAACAUUUGACAAAGAAGCUAGCAUUGCCCCAACCCUUGACCAAGAUGCUAGCAUUGCCCCAACCCUUGACAAAGAAGCCAGCAUUGCCCCAACCCUUGACCAAGAUGCUAGCAUUGCCCCAACCCUUGACAAAGAAGCUAGCAUUGCCCCAACCCUUGACCAAGAUGCUAGCAUUGCCCCAACCCUUGACAAAGAAGCUAGCAUUGCCCCAACCCUUGACCAAGAUGCUAGCAUUGCCCCAACCCUUGACCAAGAUGCUAGCAUUGCCCCAACCCUUGACAAAGAAGCUAGCGUUGCCCCAACCCUUGAAGAAGAAGCUAGCGUUGCCCUAACCCUUGAUGAAGGAGCUAGCAUUGCCCCAACCCUUGACAAAGAAGCUAGCAUUGCCCCAACCCUUGAAGAAGGAGCUAGCAUUGCCCCAACCCUUGAUGAAGGAGCUAGCAUUGCCCCAACCCUUGCCCUUGAGGAGGAAGCUAACGUUGCCCCAGUUCUUGAAAAAGAAGUUGAUGUUGUCCCAACACUUGAAGAGGAAGUUAGCAUUGCCCCAACCAUUGAAGAAGAAGCUAGUGUUGGCCCAGCUAUUGAAGAAGAAGAAGCUAAUAUUGUCCCAACCUUUGAGGAGGACUCUACUGUCUUUCCUCUUGAUUUACAAACAUCAAACUGGGUUCCACUGACCACCACAAUUGGACCCCAAGAGUCUCUGAAUGAUCUAGAGUACAGCAGAAAAACCUCAUCCAUCACCUCCACAGCAGCUCCAGAUUCCCCCUCAAGUACAAAACCCACUGCUGCAACUGCAAAGACGACGACUACCACCAUUACGACCACCACACAUUGGUCCAAGCGCACCUGGAGCCCAGUAACCUCCGCACCGAAUGUUUUCCACAAGACCGCUGAGCCCAAGAAGGUGACAGCCUUCAUACCACCAGUGGAUCAAGGUCUGGUGGAUGUUGAGUUUAGUCUCACCCAGCCGCCCACCCUGCUUAUCUUGCCCAAUGAGAGGGCAGCUGUAGGCGGUACAGGGAAAGUUUCAGAUGCCUGUAUGGACGACCCCUGUCUCAAUGGAGGCACCUGCACUGACCGAGACGGGCGGAUCCAGUGUCUCUGCUUGCCAACAUAUGGAGGGGACUUCUGUCAGACCGACCUGGAGCGAUGUGAACCAGGCUGGGAUAAAUUCCAAGGUUUCUGCUACCGACACUUCAGCCAGCGUCUGAGCUGGGAGGUCGCAGAGCAGCACUGUCGCAUGAUGGGAGCUCAUCUGGUGUCCAUCUUAACCCCUGAGGAGCAGAAUUACAUCAACAACAACUACAAAGAAUACCAGUGGACUGGUUUGAAUGAUAAGACCAUUGAGGAUGAUUUCCGCUGGUCUGAUGGCAACCCACUGCUGUAUGAGAACUGGUACAGAGGGCAGCCAGACAGCUACUUCCUGUCUGGUGAAGACUGUGUGGUGAUGGUUUGGCACGAUGACGGACGCUGGAGUGACGUGCCCUGCAACUAUCACCUUGCAUACACCUGCAAGAAAGGCACCUCCUCAUGUGGUCCACCACCCAAGGUUAGAAACGCCUCAAUCUUCGGAAAAGGUCGACAGAGAUAUGCAAUCAACGCAGUCGUGCGUUAUCACUGCGCAGAGGGUUUCCAACAGAGACUAAAUCCUCUGAUCAGGUGUCUGUCUGGAGGCAGGUGGGAGAGGCCCCAGGUCGUGUGCAUCCCUGAGGCCGGAGGUCCAACCCAACAGCCUGAAGUGACAUCACAGAUCAGCGGCAACUCUGCAGCUGGUGAAGACGAGUUUGAAGCCACUAAAAAGACACUGCAGUACUGGGACAUUAGGUUUUAAAAGUCGACCACGCUUUCCUUGUCUUCCUUUCUUAAAUUCUGCUGUUGGAACACGACAAGGUGCCAAGAAUCAAAUGCUUUUUACCAAUGAAUGCACAAACAGGACAAAAUGAACCACAGACGCAUAAAGACACAAAGUGAAGCUUCCUCUUAGUCGAGAAGCCCAAGUGCACAGACAGGUUCUGUUUUCUUUAAAUGGAGUUAAACAUUACUACUUUUUGAUGUCCUUAAGAAUAUUUUCUACUGUGUUUUGAUUUAAUAUAGUGACAAGCAGAACUAAAAAGAGUUUAAAGUACAAAGAAAGAAAGAGGAAGUACAGUAAAUGUGUCAACUCCAAAUUACUGUCAGCUCCAAAUCUACGUUACAAUCAGAACUGUUCUCCUUGUGGUUUUUGUCAUAUCAGGAACCUCUUUAUAAAAUGGUGCUAAUGUCUUUUAAACCUUUGCCUCCAACAGAGAUUUUUGUUUCCCUCUCAGCUUUCUCAAAGAAUCUAACGACUCCAAAGCACAAACUCAAUCUUAAUAAAUAGUCAAUAAGUACUGUACAUAUAUUCAUUUUCACACCUGUGAUUACUGCUGUCCGCAUUCUUCUGAAAGAUACCUUUUAUUUCCAGCAGACGCAGUUUUGUUCGUCAGCUUUAUGUUGUAAUAAAGUCUUGUAGAACAGAGCAAAGAAUAAAUCGUUCUCUUAUUUUACCCUUA